GGCCUUUAGUAAGAGGGACUUUGAUUUAUCAAGGUCAUUCUACGAAGAGCGCGUUAUGUGUUGUCGCUGAGUCUGUGGAGGGUUCGCCGUGUAUUGUCGUAUACCUAUUAACUCUUAGAAGCACUAAAGAGCUCCAAAACACUCGUUUUAAUCUCCAAUGACUAAAAGCGCUGAGGGAUUGGUAUCAGUCGUUCUUGGUGCUCAGUGGGGAGAUGAAGGGAAAGGGAAGUUGGUGGACCUUUUGAGUGAGUCCUCCGGUGUGGUCUGUAGGUGUCAAGGAGGAAACAAUGCAGGCCAUACCGUUGUUGCUGGAGGACAAGAGUAUUUCUUUCAUCUAUUGCCCAGUGGUAUAGUAAACCCUAAUGUUUUAGCUGUGAUUGGCAACGGUGUUGUUGUCAAUUUGCAAGCCCUUUUCCAAGAGAUAGAUGAGGCUGUGAGCAAAGGGUUAUUGGAUGUAGCUUCUCGUUUACGGAUAUCUGACAGGUGCCACUUGGUAUUUGACAUCCACCAAGAGAUCGACCGCAUGGAGGAGGAAUUACGGGGUGUAAAUUCUCUUGGCACGACUAAAAAAGGUAUUGGUCCGACGUAUUCUUCAAAAGUAACUCGCAAUGGUCUGCGUGUAUGUGAUCUCAUGGGAGACUGGGUACAGUUCACAGCAAAAUACAGAGAACUAGUAAAUUAUGUUAAAAGAAGAUAUCCAAAACUUGAGACUAGUGUUGAACAAUCUUUAGAGCAACUGAAAACCUAUCGACAGAAGUUGUCGGGGAUGGUGUGUGAUUCGGUCACACUGAUUAAUAAACUUGUGGAAAGUAAGCAGGCAAAUAUUUUGGUGGAGGGCGCUCAAUCCUGCAUGCUGGACAUUGAUUUUGGAACAUAUCCUCAUGUCACCUCUUCGAAUUGUAGUGUUGGAGGUGUAUGUACUGGCCUGGGGCUUUCUCCUUCUCGUGUUGGUCCUGUAUAUGGUGUUAUCAAAGCUUAUACAACACGGGUCGGCUCUGGUACUUUUCCCACUGAGUUAUUAGAUGGGAUUGGUGAGUUCAUUCAAAAGAAAGGAUGUGAAUGGGGUGUGACCACUAAACGUAAACGACGGAUCGGUUGGUUAGAUACAGUAGUUAUACGAUAUGCACAUAUUAUCAAUGAUUUCAACGCCCUGGCUUUGACGAAGAUUGACGUCUUGGAUGACCUAGAAGAGGUGAAAAUAGCUAAAGCGUACGUUGAUCCAGAAACUGGAUGUGAACUUGACAGCUUUCCAUCUGACUCUUCUGUUCUCAAUCGUGUAGUUGUGGUUUAUGAAACUCUUCCUGGAUGGAAAACGUCUACACAUGGUUGUCGUGUUUAUGAGAAACUACCAACUGCUGCCAAAGUUUUUGUAGAAACAGUUGAGAAAUUGCUUAAUAUACCUAUACGUUGGAUUGGAACAGGCGCUUCUCGUGACUCCAUUAUAAUUAGGUCUGUUUAAUGUCAAAAUUUUAAAACUGUAAAAUAGUUAACUCGUAGAUUCAGCUUGAUUAAAUAAAUUAGGUGUAGAACUUUUAUGUUUUCCCAUUUCUACAACAUAAACCCAAUUUUUCUACAGAAAUUAUCUUACUUUUACCCGUUAUACUUGACUACAUUACACUCACCACGUCAACUUAGUUUGGUCAUGUUUUCUGAUUUAAUUUUAACUUUCAGAUUUUCAUUUGUCAUAAAGAUUAUUAUCAUUUAUUUAAUCAUCCUCUAAAUUUUUGAUACUUCCCAGUUUUUUUUAAUUAUUUUUUUUUGUUUUGAUUUGUGAAAUCUCAUUGUCACUUUAAAAGUAAUUCCUUUGAGAUUGUUGUUAGAUGCAAUAAUUAGUGUUUUAUUAGUUAAAUUAAUGACUUUUUUCAUUAGACCGGUUAGUUUACAUAUUUAUAUACAUGUUUUUUUGUUGGAGCUGUAAAUUGUCGCUCCAUGUAAUUGAAUGUCAACUGUUUGAAAUAAUCCGAUGCUGUUCUACUUACAUUAGUUUGAGAAACUAUAUAGUGUUCUUAACCUCGUAAUAUACGUUUAAGUCAUUUUCCAACAUUUUAGAUUGGAUAAUAUCUGAUUUACUCAUAUUGUAUAUUGGUUAACUUUACCAAAGAAAAAAUAAUUGUAGUAUUUAUUAAGAUGGCACUAGUUUUGUUUCAACAUUACUUAUCUGUUGGAGGUUAGCAUGAAAUUUUAAGAACGUUUAAUCAUGACAGUAGCUGAUUUGUAACUUCUUUAGACUUCAUAAUAAUCAGUUUUAGGAUCAUACAGGCCUCCUUUUUAGAAAUAAACACGCUUCCACAUGACCAUCGAAUACAUUAGUUAGGAUUUUGUAUUCAUGUGCUCAUUAUAGUAACAUUUUAUAACUACCUCGGUCAGCACCUUGUAUCUUGUUUCUCAUUCGUUUGGCUUGUACAACAAAUUCAAUCAGCUUAGUUGGUUCUUGAUGUCCUGUGCUGAGAAUUCUAUAUUGUACCAA